AGAGAUGCCACACUCGCUCCGCGGUUCGCAUGGCGCUCUGAAGACGCCGGCGCCCGCCGCCUUGAGGAGCCGCUGCCCCCGCUCCCUGAAGAUGGGGGAACAAUGAAAUAAGCGAGAAGAUUCCUCUUCUCCCCCCUCUCUCUCUUGCCCCCUCCCCCCCUCCCCUCCCCUCUCCCCUUGACUCCUCUCCGAGGCACCAUGCUGACCCGCCUGUUCAGCGAGCCCGGCCUCCUUUCGGACGUGCCCAAGUUCGCCAGCUGGGGCGACGGAGACGACGACGAGCCGAGGAGCGACAAGGGCGACGCGCCGCCGCCGCCUCCGCCUGCGCCCGGGCCGGGGGCUCCGGGGCCCGCCCGGGCUGCCAAGCCAGUCCCCCUCCGUGGAGAAGAGGUGCCGGAGGCCACGUUGGCCGAGGUCAAGGAGGAGAGCGAGCUGGGGGGCGAGGAGGAGGAGGAAGAGGAGGAGGAGGAAGGGCUGGACGAGGCGGAGGGCGAGCGGCCCAAGAAGCGCGGGCCCAAGAAGCGCAAGAUGACCAAGGCGCGCCUGGAGCGCUCCAAGCUUCGGCGGCAAAAGGCGAACGCACGAGAGCGCAACCGCAUGCACGACCUGAACGCGGCGCUGGACAACCUGCGCAAGGUGGUGCCCUGCUACUCCAAGACGCAGAAGCUGUCCAAGAUCGAGACGCUGCGCCUAGCCAAGAACUACAUCUGGGCGCUCUCGGAGAUCCUGCGCUCCGGCAAGCGACCAGACCUAGUGUCCUACGUGCAGACUCUGUGCAAGGGUCUGUCGCAGCCCACCACCAAUCUGGUGGCAGGUUGCCUGCAGCUCAACUCCCGCAACUUCCUCACAGAGCAGGGCGCCGAUGGCGCGGGCCGCUUCCACGGCUCGGGCGGCCCGUUCGCCAUGCACCCGUACCCGUACCCGUGCUCGCGCCUGGCGGGCGCACAGUGCCAGGCGGCCGGCGGCCUGGGCGGCGGCGCGGCGCACGCCCUGCGGACCCACGGCUACUGCGCCGCCUACGAGACGCUGUAUGCGGCGGCGGGCGGUGGCGGCGCGAGCCCGGACUACAACAGCUCCGAGUACGAGGGCCCGCUCAGCCCCCCGCUCUGUCUCAAUGGCAACUUCUCGCUCAAGCAGGACUCGUCGCCCGACCACGAGAAGAGCUACCACUACUCUAUGCACUACUCGGCGCUGCCCGGCUCGCGGCCCACGGGCCACGGGCUAGUCUUCGGCUCGUCGGCUGUGCGCGGGGGCGUCCACUCGGAGAAUCUCUUGUCUUACGAUAUGCACCUUCACCACGACCGGGGCCCUAUGUACGAGGAGCUCAAUGCGUUUUUUCAUAACUGAGACCUCGCGCCGGCCCCCUUCUUUUUCUUUUGCCUUUGCCCGCCACCCUGCCCUCAGCCCCCUGAGCGCAGGGACGCCCCCACCUACCCCGGCGCCGGGCGCGGGGAGCAGGCCGCCGGUCCUACCGCUCUCUUAGGCAGCGUGGUCCUCUUACCUGUGGGUGGCCCGUCCCAGGGGCCUCGAUUCCCCCAGGGGACUCGCCUUCUCUCUCCCCAAGGGAUUUCCUCCUCCUUUCUCCCAGGGAGUGCUUCUCCAGGGACCUCGCUCCGGGCGCUCCCUGGAGACACCCCUCCCCCAUUCCCAAUAUCUUCGCUUGGAUUUCCUCCUCCCGUUCCUCCCUGCAGGCCCAGAGGCUUUGGUAAGGGGGGAGCUGAGCUGUAGGAUGCGGUUUUCCCCUCUCAUUAUUAUUAUUUUAAAAAGACACCCAGCUGCCGAGCCCGAAAGGAGCAGGGCGACCCCCCUUUCUUGAAGAGGGCAGAAGUCAGGGUGCCGGAGCCCGUGCCUGGAGCGUCCUCACCCCCAACCCCGAGUCUCCGCGUUUUGCGAUUUUAAUUUUGGCGGGAGGGGAUGUGGAUUGAGAGGAAAGAGAUAGACCAAGACAAUUUGUAACUAGAAUCCGUUUUUCUUUUUUUGUUUUUUAAAACAAACAAACAUACA